GCGCCGGUCGGCACUUGUAACGUCAUCACCCUUACUUUUGACUUUCACAAGUCAUCAGUCCACCGCCAAGACUACAAUUUUCUCCGGCGAGAUCGUCGUUCCGUCAAUAUCUCUGGCCGCACAAAAAUCGCCAAUCCUGACGGUGUUUGCAUUUCAGUAGUUUUCGCCGUAUUUCUCGCUAAUGCAUGUCGCUAUUCUUAUAGAGAGGGAUGGGAUUAUUGCGAAGACUAGCUGGAUUUCUAGGGUUUUCAAGAGAAGAAGGGCAAGAAGCGAGAGAUGUAGAAGAUAACACCGACGGUAAUAUAGCAGCAGCAGCUGCAGCAGCUCAAGCUCAGAAUGUUCCACGCAGGGGUUUCAGUGUCCCAAUUCAAGUCCCGGUUGAGAAAGCACAAUUCGGCCCUAUCCUCUUUCCUUGUAGUUCACGCGACGGUGCCAUUCAGGGAUUGAGAUGGUAUGCCAAGCGUCUUAGGAUAGAUGAAGAUGGAGAUGUUGCAGAUGAGUUCUUUAAUGAAAUCCUAACGGAUACACCUUCAAGUGCAGAAGAGCAUCAGAGGCGAUAUCCCAAGUUCGAACUGAAGUACAGUACAAAACCUGCUAAAGUAACAACCCAGGCACUCUCAGCUGCUGGUAGAAUUCAACAUUGCGUGGAACAUCAAGGCAGAUUGGAGUGGAUUUAAGGCGUAUACUGUGUACUUGAUGUAUUUGAGAAUGGGGUUUGGCUAGAUUACUGCAGACAGGUACUCUGCUUCAUUGUGUUUACUCGGGGUGAUAUUUAUUGGGCACUCAAUGUCCUCUUGUCUCUGAUUUUUAUUUUUGAAACUGUCGUGAUAAGAGGAAGCAAAGUUUCAUUUAUAGAGCAGCAUAAUUUUACUUGGAAAACUAUCAUUGUAUACAUGAUACUAGCUGUCAAAAUGUUAGGUUUUCAUGGUCAUUAGUUGUUGGAUCCAUUGACUUAA